GCUGCAAGCAGUGACAGAAGCCAUCGUGAAUAAGCCAUUUCAUAUUUCCAUUUUUCUGUACAAGAGAUUUGUAACAACACUUUUGCUUAUUCUUGUUUCGGAAUACUCUCGAUAGAACGCACCCUUAACGUCUUCUUGGCAUAUUUAAGGCCGCUAUAUUUCUCCUGAGUCAGUCUUUUUUAGGUCCCGUAGAUUGUAUAUCAUCAUAAUAAAUUAGUUGCAAGAGUCAUCGGAAAAGAAUCCAGGCAUUACGCCUUUUAUGGUUAUCGGGUAUUCAUUGUUCGCCUCUUUGUUUUGUCAGUAUCGGCAGCAACAGAGGCUGCAAGAACGGGAAUGGCUAGUCUCUGAGCGCACAGAGCAACAAGAACAAGACCCAGGCAUGGACGUGGACGGUGAUGACAAGUCUCACGAAUACGAGGAGCCCUUCUUACGACAAGAAGCGAGGCCUGUUCUCAUGUAUGAGGAAAGGCGACCGCUAGACUCUUCUACAGAGAGCUUCGAUCCCCUGUACGAUAGGGUGACAAAGUCGUCAGCUGUUGCUGAUGAGGUACAGCCUGGUCCAUCGACUGAAGAGGAGAAAAUUAAGACAGAACCAGUGUAUGCUCAGGUAAAACGCUUAGAAAAUUCCUUUUAUACAAUGGCGUAAACCAAGAAUAACGGAAAUAAAACAGAGGAUAUUACAUGGUCGCGCGGAGAUACGAAAUUUCUCUUCGAGUGCAACUAUGUCUUUGGAAUUUGAAUUCCACCUCCAAUUCCCCUGUGGCUCCCGGUCGACUGAGCUGUCAGAUCAAGCAGCUCGAAGCGGAAACGAGCGCGAAUGUAAAGAAAUACUAAAAAACACGUUCCAAGGGUAAUAACGUCAUUACUGUCAUCUCCGCCAAUCAGCGUUUCGCAUCUACUUUUUCGAUGCAGAUAUUCAAAUUCCAGAGAGGUAGUUGCAAGCUCUCCUUUCUUUUACCGCCCUGCCGCCAGAGCGCCCCGAAGAGGUUGCUCGCAGGCUAGGGUCACACUUAACAGGGUAACACUUGAGUUGACAGUUAUAGUGGGAACUGAUAAACUCUUUUGUGGCCCUUAAAUAAUGCAGACUAAAGUAAACUUUAUUUUUCCUGUGGUAAGUUUGAAAUAAGCAAUCACUAACACUAUCAAUAUCAGAGCUGACUUCUCAUUGGGAGUAUGAAGAAGGAUUAGCGUGGAUACCGUUAUUUACACCAAAGCUGUCUUAAGAAAGUUCGACUUGACCUAUGUGUCUUAUUUUGUUUUGAUCAGGUUAUCAAACCAAAACGCCUAAGGCAUCCUGAGUCAGACAGUGAUGACGAUGAUGAUGAACUUUUAACUCCCGAGGAGCGGGAAGCCCGCGGGAUGCGAGGAUUAACUCGUGAACAAGUCAUUCGCAUGGCCAAGAAAUCAGACGCAUCUAAGAAAGUUCUGAAAACGUACUACGAGAGUCCCAAAGGAAGCAAGGAAGACUUGGGCGGACCGGUUUACUUGAUGAACCAGGCUGAGAUGGAUGAAGAACUGAGGCAGUUUAGAUCGUUCUUUGCUCGAGACAAAACACCUCUCUCAUCAGAGCCUACGACAAGCACUCCGAAACCGGACGAUGCUUCGUCUACGCCUGGUGGCACCACUUUCAAAAGGGAAACGUCGAUGCAGGUCCAUCAAAGCUACCAGAGGAUGGAAAGCACGUCGAGUUCCAUAUCGCAAAGAACCUUUAGUGCAGCCGAGAGUGAAAGGACUGUCACAAGUGUGAGCUACAAAGAAGAAACUAAAUUCAAGCAGACUGUUGUCAAGGAAGCAGUGAUCGAUUCUUCUUUACAGGAACUGGAGCAAAGGUGUGAUACGGAUGACGACUCACCAAGUAAAGUUACAGCUGUGGUAAGAUUACAGACUUAAGGCUUCUAAUCGGGCGGCACCCUGCGAGAAGAGCCUCGUUUUGUCUUCUCCUUGAUCGAGAAAGAGAAAAGAAGGCUCUGCCUGCAUUCCGUCAAGCCCCAGCCCUUCUGGACUUGUCAAUCUUGUUUUCUCUCGUCAAACUAGUUUUUUCAAGAGUGAGCAUCCGUUUGUAAAUAAAGUGAUGGUUAUCACUGCAGCCGCUGUAAACGCACGCGCACGGCUAUUAGGUGCUAUUAGGUCCUGAGGCCUGGGUUGGAAAAUGUAUCCUAGCAACGUGAAGCGCAUGCUCAACAGAGAUCUUACUUGAUUCAUGCGGUCAUUCUAAAAAAACACAAGCUCAAGCAAGCAAAAGAAGGCUGGGCUCUGCUGGCAGGGUGCUGGCAGAGAUGAUAAGAGUUCUCUUGUUUGUUAUUGCAAAAAUUGAUGACAGUGCUCUUCUUUGUCGUUGUUUUCACCUGCGAUAUUAGAGAGCUUUAGAUUCUGAGACAAGGACGACUACGAGUACGCGUGAACCGGUGUCAUUUUGGCGGGAAAACGUGAUAGCGGUCGUCUUUCCACUACGAGUUUUAGCGAGAAUGUCGUAGUUACCAAAUGUAAAAAGUUUUACCAUUUUGCCAGCGGGAGAGGGCUUAAGGGACCGUUCAUUUUUUAUGAGAGAGGGGGACACCAAUAAUUUGAGUCCUGAAUUGGAACGAAUGCCAGUGGUAGCGUAGUUUUGUCUGACCCAGAGAGCGUAGCUAGAUUUGGAGACAAAUUCAUUGUGAAACCAAAGUUUGUGGUUGACUAUCUCCAGCAUCUUGAGGUCAUAGAGUUUAAAAAAAAAAGAGACUCGCGGAAAGGGCAAGGGAAAGUAGGGAGGCAAGAGAAAAGUCCUAUGAUGAUUAUCAUUGGGCUACUUUGUGCGAAGAUGCCGCCAAGCUAAAAAAGCUCCGUGUGCCAGAAUUGAACAAAUACUUAUAACAUCAUGGGCUAUUAAAACAGCAUCAGAAGAGCAGCAAGAAUGACAAAGUGAAGACAAUUAUGAGACACUUCCUGCAGAUGAAUACUCUCAGAACAGGUCAAGCCGAAGUGAGAGGCAGCAAUGAAUCAGGUCAACUAGACAGCAGUGGUGAAAGCAGUGAGGGAGAAGAAACUGAUGAUGAUUACAAGAGUGAUGCCCCUGACUCUGAAGACGACUCAAAUGAUGUCGUUCUUGCUUUUAUCGCCUCAGACGAGGAAUAUGUAGACGAGCGGCCAGCUACAACACGCUCAGGACGAGCAGUAACAAGAAGAGCUGAAAUUGACUUUUCAUUCCUUGGAGUGAGGAUUUGUUAAAAACAGCUUUCUAGCUUUCAGCUUUCUUUCACUAAAUUAUGUGAAAUGUAACAAAACGAAAUUUUAAUGCAGUAACUUUUUUAAUACCUUAUAUAUUUUUUUAUUCAUGGGGGGCCUUCCAAAAAAUUACUCUGAUGAGGGGGGAGCCAUGCGAAAAAAAUCGGAAAUUGGGGGGGGGGGGUCAUACAAUUUUCAAAUUACACUCCUCCAAAUCCCACCAGCCCCCCCUACCCCAUAAAAAAUGAACGGUCCCUAACCUCCCUCAGUAUAAAUAACCGUACUAACUUUUUUGGUGAAAAAAGUUAAAUAAAGCUUUCCGGGGUGUCUAUUUUUUUAGAACACCUGCAAAAACGUAAAGUUAAAUCUCGUACUCGUACUCGUUCUCGUCCUCAAAUCUCAAGCUUUUUAUUAUAUUCACGAAAAAUACACAAACAAACAAAUACAACUGGUUACAAUGGAACCUCGAUAUAGCCAUAAACACGACACCAAACUUAACAGUUAAACAUUCAUAACGAAGUUCAUGUUUGUUUUUCAGUAGAGUCACGAUGAUGGUAAUCUUCGAGAAAGUCUCUUCAAAUAUUUUACGUCAACGCAUCCUAAGCAGGAGGAAGGGGAAGAUUGGUGUGAAUUACUUGAAGCACUUAAAGAGUAA